AUGGAGGACACCGCAAAUUUGGUGGUGUAUCAUAAUGGUGAGAUAAUACGUAAUACUCAUGAGGGAGUGAGGUUUGUGUCACAAAAUCUGUUUUCGUUUGUGGUUCCAUGCACGAUGACGUUAAUGGAGUUGCAGAAUGGCCUAUGUCAAAGCAUGGAGAAUGGUACGUUAAUGAGAGUGAGCAGAAUUUUGUACCGGAAUCCGGUUGUGAUUUUUGGUGGCCUAAUACAGUUUGAUACCAUUCCGAUCACGGAUGAAGUGAGUAUGCAGAAUAUGUUUCAAAUUCACCGGCAGACUUAUAUGAGACACCCACAGAUUGAGUUGUACGUUGAGUUUGAAGCUGUAGAGGCAGUAGCGGUCCAAAAUGAUAUAGAUGUAAAUGAUGAUAUAGCUGCAGUGUACGAAGGAAUGAAUAGUGACAGCGAAGAGGACUUCGAAGCCACUUAUGAAGCCGGCGAUGAAGAUGAGGAUGGUGAUGUGGGAGUUGAGGCAGCAGUGGAGAAUGUAGUGGUUCAUCCCUCGAGCAGUCAACCGAUGGGCGUUCCACCUUUUAUGUGUGAGUUGGAUCUCGACGCCAUGCAUGCCCCCGAGUUUCCGGAAUAUGCAAAUAGAGGUAUUGCUGAUCCUGAGGACGGAGAGUUCCGAAUUGGAAUAGAAUACAGUUCUAGAAAGUCAGUCGUUGCAGCAAUUAGAAGUUUCACUAUAUCUAGAGGAGUUGACUAUGAUGUGUUUGAGUCUGAGCCACAAACGUUCUAUGCAAAAUGCAAGAUGUACGGGCGUGGAUGUGACUGGCUUAUCCGAGCCAGCUUGAUACGGAGAAAAGGUUGUUGGGAGAUACGCAGAUACAACGGUAGGCACACGUGCACCAUCAGAACGAUUUCACAAGAUCAUUCCAAGUUGGACUCAGAUACAGUUGCUGAGGCUAUAAGGCCGUUGGUCGAGACGGACCCGUCCAUCAAGGUGAAAUCUAUAAUUGCGGAAGUCCAGUCAAGGUUCAACUAUACCAUCAGUUAUCGAAAGGCUUGGUUGGCAAAGCAGAAGUCAGUUGCCAUCGUUUUCGGUGAUUGGGAGGAAUCUUACCAAGCAUUGCCGUGGUGGCUCUCGGUCAUGGUGCAGAAGAUUCCUGGUUCAGUUGUCCAAAUAGAAACACGACCACUCUACAACGGGAAUGAGGAGGCACAAGGUGUAAAAAUACUUCAUUGUGUAUUUUGGAGUUUCAAUCCAUGCAUUAGGGCAUUCAGGCAUUGCAAGCCCCUGGUUCAAGUUGACAGCACACACCUAUACGAAAAAUACAAAGGUACACUUCUAGUCGCUGUUGCACAAGAUGGGAACCAGAACAUUGUGCCUAUCGCCUUUGCCUUGGUGGAAGGUGAGACAGCUGAUGCGUGGCACUUCUUCCUCAGAAAUCUACGAACGUAUGUUGUUAGAAAAGACGGUGUGGGUAUGAUCUCAGACCGGCAUGAGUCAAUACGGGCAGCAGUUAAUCGUUCCGGUGGUGACUGGCAACCUCCAAGAGCAUGGUGGAUGUUUUGUAUAAGACACAUCGGCAAUAACUUCUUAAGGGCAUUCAAAGUCCCUCACUUACAGAAGCUUGUUGUCAAUAUAGGAUAUUCAAGAACGGUGGAGGAGUACAAUAUCAACUAUAAGAGGUUGGAAGAGCGAGGCGAGGCAUAUGCCAGGUGGUGCGAUGCCAUCGGACUCAGACAUUGGUUGAAGGGUGCCCGUAAUCUACCUGUGUUGGCGCUGGUCCGAGCAACAUAUUAUAGGUUAAAUGAACUCUUUACGUGGAAGAGUGCGGAGACUCACGAACGCAAGCGUGCUGGAUUUACGUACUCCGCAUUUGCGCAACAGCGGAUAGAAGUAAGUAUGCAACAGGCUGGGAAUAUAGUUGUGCACCGCUUUGAUAGACGAAAUGAGGUGUUUGAGGUGUGCGAAAUGACUACUGGAAAGGUGUUAGUUGUUGAUCUAGCGCAACGGACGUGUGACUGUGGGCACUUUCAGGUUGAACGAAUACCAUGUCGCCAUGUUAUUGCUUGCUGUGCUAACCAGCGGCUCGAUUGGCAGUUGUAUGUGCAUGAUGUGUACAAGAUGACGGAAGUUCGUAAGGUAUAUAGGUUUGAGUUCACACCAUUAGGAGAUCCUGAGACAUGGCCUGCUUAUGAGGGACCCACAUUGGUCGCUAAUCCCGCACUGAGGCGAACGUCUAAAGGCAGGCCCAAACUGACCCGAUACCUGAAUGAAAUGGACUCACGUGACAUGCGUGGUCCUCGGAUAUGCUAUCUCUGUGGUGCUCAGGGUCAUAGUCGGAGUAGGUGUCUGCAGCGUGCUGGACCGAGUGGUGCUGGUUCAUAG